GAAAGUUCGGCUUCCUCAAAUACCUUACUUGACAUGGAGCCCACGUUGGCCACCACAACAAGGGGCUGUGACGGUGCAGCAGGCCUGAUAUGGAGAUCUCGAGCAAGGAUUCGAGGCUGGCAUCCGGCGAUGGUCGCAACCAUGCGCGGCAUGCGACCCAAAAAGGCCGUUUUUCAUAAUAACCUCUCGCAUCUCACACAAUCCUCGCGCCACCCUGGAACCUGCUCUCUUCCAUUCCCAAGUGGGUUAUUGGGGCCCUUCUGAAGACAGCCAAGGGGCCGCGGCCUUGCUGGGUGCUCCCACGUUCCUCGACUAGCCUGGCGGGGUGCGUUUGCAUUUUGCAAUCGUCCUCUCUGUUCCUGUCCUGUUUUGGCCCGUGUCGGCACUGUAGUCUGGCUCGCUCUCUCGCCCUUGUUUGUCUCCCGAAUGUUACGCACCCUGAACCGCACUAGAUAGCAGGCAUAAGCGAAACUGCACUGCCCAGCUCCACGCUACUCGCCAUGCAGGCGAGCAUCCUCGGGGGUUCAGUCGGCCCCAAGCCCUCGCGCCCACUAUAUCCAGCACCGCCAGCCGCCAGUGUCUGCUCGCUGCACCGAGUUGAUUCCUUGCUUGCACACCUGCGCAUUGCUACAGUGAGUGCCCUGCAUGACCAGGGCAAGGCCAUCCUGCGAGGCGACCCGUCACACCACAAAGCCAAGUCUGCUUUCCGAGUCCAGCGGCAGCCCACCUACCCGCACCCGAGAAACCACCAGUGGCGAUAGUGACCUUCCUAAGACACGUCACAUACUUUGUGCGCGCGUUACCAGACCUGCCAGCGCCACUUGCUCUCCGUUGUUUCUUUUAGCCCCAUUUCCUAAGUCUAUCUCUAGCCGUACCAAGACUUCUCCUUGUGGCACAACCUCGGGGCCUUUCCCCUUCCCCGCCCUCGGCGGCUGAGACUCUGGGGUGCAUCCUGCUGCUACCUGCCUAGCUUCUGCCUUACCAUCUCCACGCUUUAUGAGUGAUUGCCCACCUAGGUACCUAUCUUACCUGUCUCGGGGCGCCUAUAGUGCCACUGAAUCAGGCACAGCGAACGAGUCCGGCUCGUGGAAGCGGAUCUGCCCGGAACCAGGCCAAUACAGCCGGCUGUUCUAUAUCGAUCCGGAUCGGGGUCGACGGAACAGCCUCGUAACGACAGGCUCGUCGGAACAACCUGAAGAAAGUCGGGCCGCAGCACACAAGGUGCUGAUCAUGAAUUACACAAGAAGACGAGCCUUGCUGGCCUGCGACUUUUGUCGGCAUCGCAAGCGGAGAUGUGACGGCGAACGGCCCUGUUCGACAUGCCGCGAGUCUGGCGCAGACUGCCGCUACAAGGACCUGCCAGUCGAACGUGUCGAACUUCCCUCCACGUCAGCCACAGGUUCCGACCUGGUGCUCGAGCGUCUUAUGCGUAUCGAGGGGCUCCUCGAGGAGCAUGGCCAGCGACUGAACGAGCUAGCACAGGUUCAUCAGGGUGGCGGCGUGCCUGCCCCCUUCCAGCCAAAUCUGUUCUCGCUGCCGCCCUCGUACUCGCACCCACCUCCAGAGCAGCUGUCGGGACAGCAACACCAGAAUUUACAAGGCGUCCUACACCGCAAUGAGUCGGGCCGAGCGCCGCUUGCGGAUCCCCACUUGGAGAAUACCCAGUUCCUGAUCCCGACAGAUCACUUCACCUCGGCCAGCUCGCUCUUCGCGCUGCCCCGGGUGCGGAACAUGGUGGGCGACUACCCCAAGAACUACUUUCAUGGCAUCGAGGACGCCCUGCCACUGCCGCAACAGCUCGACUGCCUUCAAGUCUCCGACAUCCAGUGGCCGUCGCUCGAGCGCCUGGGGCCUCAGGGUCUCGACGCCCUGGCGAAAGCCUACUUCGCGUGCGCGCAUCCCAACUACCCGCUCUUCACCGAGCACGACUAUGCCAGGUGGCGUGCCUACGUCUUUGAGAACGGCCUUGCCGAGACGCCAGAGACGGCCAUAUGUCUCACCGUCUGGGCCCUCGGUGCCGUGGUGCCGGGUGACCAGCCCGUGCCUCUACCACCCGCCCUCCAGGCUGAGAAGGAUCAACUCGGCAUGACCUUCUUCCAGCCCGCCCUCCGUAUUAUACUGCGCUGGUCUGUCUGGGGAUUCAAGCCCAACAUGGCAGUCUGCCAGGCUCUGCUCCUGGCAGCAUCCUACUUUGCUCAUCUCGGCCGGCCCCUGCACAGCUGGAAGAUGGUGUACUUUGCGUCCCUCAAGUUUAUGUUUUUGUUUGACAAACAAAGACGAUCAGAGGGAUAUCUUGUCCCCCAAGAUAAUAACCACCUGCGUGUUUUCUGGUCAUGCUUCAUGAUAGAAUGUGACCGGGCAGCUGAACUCGACGUGCCUCGAAGCGGUAUAGAGCCCAUGGCGGAUCGAAUGCAGUUGGCCCAGAGUCUAACUCCUGGGGAGCACGAGGAGAUGAUCUACUUUGUUGCGGAAACGGCUAUCAGGAGACUGCUCAACCGCGUGCAUAGCUCACUGUACUCAUCCGAGAACUCGGAUCUCGUCUCGUUUACUGAUCUAGCGCCCAGGCCUGGAAGCAUCAGCUUGGGCAAGCUCAUCAACGUCAGCGCAGAGCUCAACCGGCAGUUGGAGGAGUGGUACAUGUCCAUCCCCGAGAGCCUACGUCCGCCACUCGGGACAGACCAUAUCGCCAAUGACCGUGGCAAGGUGCUGCGGCUGCGUUUCUACGCCGCCCGUCACAUCAUACAUCGACCUUUUAUUCUCUACGCGGCCUUGAGGCAGCAGCAGGCUGUGAGCAGGGCAACCUCGGUCGGAUCCAGCCCUGUCUCGCCCCAUCUUUCCACGGGGACCGUCAGUUCGGCAGCCGCCGUGGCCCACGCCGCAUCGACCGCCGCCGCCUCAGCCGCGGCGAACUCUGCGGCAGCCUCGGCCGCCGCGGCAACAGCGGCGGCGAUUGCAGCAGCAGCGCAGCAGCCGGUCGACAUACCGCAGAUCGCGCUAGACAAAUGCGAGGUCUGCAUAUCGACGUGCCAGACGUACCUCCGCAAUUCGGCCGAGAUGCUGGACAAGCGGUCGCCCUACCUGUGGACCUUCUCGCAGACGUCGAUGGCCUCGCUCCUCGUGCUGGUCGCGGGCGACAACAUCCCGCAGCUGCGCCACCUCACCACGGAUCUCAAGGAGCUCAAGGAGCUGCUCCUGUCCAAGCUCCGCCUGUGGGCCACUCCCGGCUCGAGUUUCGAGGCCGAGGUCCGGAUCCUGGAGAGGGUGACGACGAGAGAGAGGAUGUAGUCUGCACCUCGCGGUGGAUGUUUCGGCCAGGUUAAAAAAAAGUGUUUUCACGUUCCGUCUUUGGCGGUAUGCAGCCGAGUAUUUACAUGAGCGGCUUGCCAUUUGGUGCAGCUUAUGGGUUGCGGGCUGCCUCGGCAUCAUGUGUUGGGUUGGUUGAAUAUUGAACAUAAACGAAGGGUUCCGGUCUCUCGGCAUGAUGGAUAUGGAUGGAUGAUCAAGACUAAUCAUAAUACUCGGGCCUCGAAAGUAUAAGAAUGGAUAUUGCCAUGAUCUUGUCUUGGUGACGCGCUUCGUUGCCACCUGUCAGAUGGUUGAGUGUUUUCCUGUGAGCUGACGAAACGAUGGGCGGACAGUCUUGGUAUACCCCAUUCCUAGAGUUUUUGCGUUUUGAAGCAGUCAAAUUAGCCUGGAUCUAUCCUUCUUGGCGUAGCGCUCUGAACUAUUCUGUGUUAUCAUCCGACUCACAUCUAAACGGAUACAUGUCAUAUUCCUCGUAACUUGGAAAGAAAAAAACAAUAAAAAUAUCCC